CCAGAAAACUCUCAGCUUAACCUGGAAAAGUGAAAGAAAACUCAAACUCUGAGUGCAUGACAAUAUAUUUGACCAGAUUAACUGAACUCAAUGCAACUCAAAUAGCAGCUCGCAUUUAGAUUUUUGCAUCUAAAUAUCAGAGAUUAAACUUUUUACUAUUGAUAUCAGCACCGAACACCAGCGAUAUCAACAGUUGAGCAUUUCAUUUUAUCAUCUGCUCAGAAGAAUACACUUUGGGAAGAAUAAUGGAGGCUGAGUUUGGACUGAAGAGCAGCAGCAUCAUGCGGGAAUGGAGCGGACAGGUUCAGCCAGCGCUGAUAGCAUCCUUCAUCAUCCUCUUCUUCCUCGAGGCCUGUCUGUGGGUCAGAAAUCUCACCUUUAAGAAAAGACUCCCAGGCCCCUUCGCUUGGCCUCUGGUGGGCAACGCCAUGCAGCUCGGGCAAAUGCCACACAUCACUUUCUCCAAGCUGGCAAAGAAAUACGGAAACGUCUACCAGAUCAGACUGGGCUGCAGUGAUAUCGUGGUUCUGAAUGGAGAUGCGGCGAUAAGGAAGGCACUGGUUCAACACAGCACCGAGUUCGCAGGACGACCCAAUUUUGUGUCUUUUCAGAUGAUUUCCGGCGGGCGAAGUUUAACAUUUACAAAUUACAGCAAACAGUGGAAGACGCAUCGGAAAGUGGCACAGUCUACUUUGAGAGCAUUCUCAAUGGCGAACAGCCAAACAAGAAAGACUUUUGAGCAACAUGUAGUAGGCGAAGCAAUGGACUUAGUCCAGAAGUUUCUCAGACUGAGUGCUGAUGGACGACACUUCAACCCUGCACAUGAAGCCACCGUCGCUGCUGCCAAUGUCAUCUGCGCUCUGUGUUUUGGAAAGCGCUACGGCCACGAUGAUCCAGAAUUCAGAACUCUUCUAGGAAGAGUGAAUAAAUUUGGGGAAACCGUUGGCGCUGGAAGCUUAGUAGACGUCAUGCCUUGGCUGCAAUCUUUUCCCAACCCUGUAAGAAGCGUUUAUCAGAACUUCAAAACUAUUAAUAAGGAGUUCUUCAAUUAUGUGAAGGACAAAGUCCUCCAGCAUAGAGACACUUACGAUCCUGAUGUAACUCGUGACAUGAGUGACGCCAUCAUUGGCGUAAUUGAGCACGGGAAAGAGAGCACGCUGACUAAAGACUUUGUUGAGUCAACGGUCACUGAUUUAAUUGGUGCAGGGCAAGAUACUGUAUCAACAGCAAUGCAAUGGAUGCUUCUGCUGCUUGUUAAAUAUCCAUCAAUUCAGAGCAAACUUCAAGAGCAGAUUGAUAAGGUUGUGGGUCGUGACAGACUCCCGUCAAUAGAAGAUAGAUGCAAUCUGGCCUAUCUGGAUGCAUUCAUCUACGAAACCAUGCGCUUCACCAGUUUCGUCCCCGUCACCAUCCCGCACUCCACCACCUCAGACGUCACCAUUGAAGGUCUCCACAUCCCCAAAGACACCGUGGUCUUCAUCAACCAAUGGUCGGUCAACCACGACCCUCAAAAGUGGAGCGAUCCGCACAUCUUCAACCCGUCCAGAUUCCUGGAUGAGAACGGAGCACUGAAUAAAGACCUGACCAGCAGCGUGAUGAUCUUCUCCACAGGUAAGCGGAGGUGCAUUGGUGAGCAGAUCGCCAAGGUGGAAGUUUUCCUGUUCUCUGCCAUCUUGUUGCACCAGUGCAAGUUCGAGAGAGACCCGUCUCAAGAUCUCUCCAUGGACUGCUCGUAUGGUUUAGCACUGAAGCCGCUCCAUUACACCAUCUCCGCCAAGCUCAGAGGAAAACUAUUUGGCUUGGUUUCACCGGCAUGAGUUAAAACAUCCAGUCGAAUGGGGAAAUUAUUCGCCCUCCUGUGAAAUUGUAAUUAUUUUUUAAAUACAGCGAUGUUUAACAGAGCCAGGACAUUUCCUAUGAUAUAUUUUUCUUCUUCAGAAGAAAGUAUUUCUUUAAGAUUGGCUUUUAUUUUUUACAUUUCCAACAGAGCAAACCACUGUUGUCCGAUCACCUGCAUAAAUAACCUAGUUAAGCCUUUAAAUUGCACUUUAAGCUGACUAUGCUAGUAUCUUGCUUAAUAACUAGUCCAAUAUUAUGUGCUGUCAUCAAAGCAAAGACAAUUAGUCAUAAGAAACGAGCUACUGAAGCUAUUAUGUUUGAAAGCAUCAUCUGUGUCAUCAGCAAUUGGUAAAUAAAUACUUCCGAUUUCACAAGAGGGCUAAUCAUGAACAAAUGUAUUCCACAUAAUAAUGAGUAUAAUAAAGCUGCACUGAAUGCUGUCUAGUAUAUUUAAUAUUUAAUGAGUAUUUACACAGUUUAUAUGUUUAUAUGCAAUGAAUUGAUUCAACCGCAUCCUUGUUGUCAGGUAAUUGAAGAGAUUCUUCAGCUCUCCCGAACGGGGUUAACAGUAAUGUUUUAAUUGCUUUUAAUGUUUAUAAACAUCCUCUAUGCUUUUAAAAUCAUGUCGCAAUAUCAAAUGUUUAUGGUCAAAUGCAAAGCCACUGUCACUGUAGACACAUCGGUUAUUAUGCAACAUUAUGCAAUUGUUUGUAGAUGGUGUUGAGUCAUGUUAAUCGGCAGCAGCUGUUGGAAAGACUUUCACUUCCUAUGAGCCUGACUCGGAUUUGGAGCAGAAGUGCAUUUAAUUAUGCUUGCAUAAAACUGUAUAACAAUGUGAUUAUGUACUUCAGGUAUUAAAACAUUUAUACAACUAUAAAAUAUAUUCUCUAUAAAAAAAUGCAUUGAUGUUCCUAAAUGCUGCAUGGGUCAAUAAUUGAAUUUUUGUGUGUGUGAUCAUAUUAACCUGAUUCAAAACCUAAUUUAAAGUGAAUCCAUGCACAAAAACAAUCCUUAAUCUCAUGUACAAAGCCGGCAGAGUAAAUUUAGAGCUAACAUUAUAAGAUAUAUUCAUGCAUCACAUUGCAUUUCUAAAGGUAAAUGUUUACACUGAAUGUUUUGCAAGCUCAGUGCAUGAAGCUUUCUGAAGAAAAUCAGUUUUUUUUAUGUCUAGGAAUGUCUUCUUAUUACUAUUAAAAAAUAAGCUAUACGUUGAAUAAAUAAAGUGAUGAUUUA